AUGUUUCCGUACAAUAAAAGAGGAGAAAAGAACAUGAAAUCAGGUCAAUUGGAAAAACGCAAAUUUGGAAUGUGUCAACUGAUGUGGCAACUGAAGAAACUGCCACUUGAUGAGAUACUGAGGUUUUCUUCCUUCAUUUUAUUAAGAGGAGGCGGAGAUGAUAUACUUAUAGGAUUUUAUUACACCUGGCUGUCUUGA